CCGUCUAACUCAACGCUGUGACCUCUCCUGAGAUGCAAUGAUGUUGCACUUUUGAUGACAUUGCUCAUAAGUCGCCACGGACUUUCGACCAGGUGCGCCAGAUCAGCUGAGCUCGUAGAUCGAUCUGCUGUGUUCCGGUGCUUUGGGCAAGGUGGUGGGCCUGGGCUGAUACCUCAGGUUUUACUCGCUACAGUCCGCGGAUUUGAGAGUUUGUUGCUGCACUGCCCGCUUCGGCUGAUUUCCUGCCUAAGCUAUCUACCUAGGCAGAACGCCGCUCUACCAACCCUUGCAUGCUGUCCCUCUUCUAAUAGAGCAUGAUCUCUGGGAAGUCGUAGCAUUUUAGAACACGGUUAUCAUGGGGACCCUCAGGAAUGUGGCACUCCUCGUGCUGGGCAUCUCCUUUAUGGUCUUCGUCGCCUUUUUCGGCCGAUUGCCGGCUUUGAGGCACACACCAAUUGCAACAUUGCAUAGGCUUAUGUGGAUUCAUAUCCCUAAUGCCUUCUUGGCUGUAGACAAACUCUUGACGGGAGGGAGGUUCUCAACCUCCAUGAUGCGCUUCGGCAACUACAUGAUGCAUGAUCGACAUCCCACCGUCGUUAUAUUCUUCCUUCUUAUUCUCUCCGUAUCGGAAUAUUUGUACCUACCCGGCGCCUGGCCCCAGCUUCCCCUCUUCCACAAAAUCACAGGCUCUGUCGCCAUCUUUUUACCCUACUUCUUUCUCUAUCUGUCCGUCAUGGCUGACCCGGGCUAUAUCACAUCUGAGAACCACGCAUACUACAUGUCCCUUUACCCAUACGACUACUCUAUCUUCUUCCCCGGCCAAAUGUGUAGCACCUGCAAUCUCAUCAAGCCGCCUCGCUCCAAGCACUGCAGCAUCUGCAAGCGCUGCGUCGCCAAGCUUGAUCACCACUGCAUCUUCAUCAACGGCUGCGUCGGCUACCAAAACCAGCACUAUUUCGUCCUGCUCUUGCUAUCCACGGCCCUACUCACCUCCUACGGCGCUCUGCUCGGCUUCUGCCUGCUGUCUGGUAAAGUCGGUUCGCAGUACCCGGCAUGGUCGAUUUGGCCGCCCAAGGGCAUGGAGGUCAAGGAGUAUCUGCUCGUCUGGAGCUGGGCCCUGCAGGAUAAUGUCGGCAUGGGCGCGGUUACCCUACUCGCGGCCAUGACGUCCCCCUUGGUCUGGGGACUAUUGAGCUACACAGUCUGGCUAAUCUACUGCGGCACAACAACCAACGAGUCUUUAAAGUGGUCAGACUGGAAGGCAGAAAUGGACGACGGUUGCGCUUUCAAGCGCAACAUGCCUACGAAUCGUACAAAGGAUACUCGUUUCGAGCCAGAGCGGACACGCUGGCCCCUAGAUGCCCAGCAGGUAUUGGCAAGGACCGAUGACGGGAUGCCUCCUCCGGAUCACGGGCCGGGCGAGGGUGAGUGGGAGCGGGUAUGGAACCUCAAGGAUGUCGAAAACUUGUACGAUCUGGGCCUAUGGGAUAAUAUGGCGGACAUCUUUGUCUCUGACUACGACUUCAACGUCAGGCGCGACCAGCCGUCGGUGGAGGACCCCUGGCGCCAGAGGCAUGCGUCUAAAUCCUGACCUUUCUAGCAUGGCGCCAGCUCAGAUGGAUAUAUCGUACAUAGGAUAGGUUUGAUGCAGCGCAUCGUCUCAAAUAAAAGUUGCCCAGUUUCAUCAUGC